AUGGGUUGGUUUGCGAAGAUAUGGAAAUCGCGUGGGGACAAGCAUACUGGUGCAACGGAGUCACAUAAACAUGCCGUGGAAGACCUAAACGAACUUAAACAAGAGCUUGUCACGGAUGAGCAUCAGAUUUCCUUGGACGAACUUUGUGAACGUCUUGAAACAAAUAUUGAGACUGGUCUUACUAGUGAGCAGGCAAAGACCCGUUUAGAUCGUGAUGGUCCAAAUGCUCUAACACCGUCGAAGGUAACUCCCGAAUGGGUAAGAUUUUGCAAAAAUAUGUUUGGCGGCUUCGCGUCACUAUUGUGGAUUGGUGCUGUCCUCUGUUUUAUUGCUCACGGGAUUGUUACCGGCACACAGGAAAACCCAAGUGGAGAUAAUUUAUACAUUGGUAUCGCGUUGACCACCGUUGUCUUUCUUACUGGGUGCUUCUCCUACCACCAGGAGUCCAAGUCCUCAAGAAUUAUGGAGUCUUUCGCCAAAAUGGUUCCACAGUAUGCCGUGGUGAUUCGUGAAGGAAAAAGGAUUGACGUUCCAGCAGAGGCUCUGGUCGUUGGCGACAUAAUUGAUGUAAAGUUUGGCGACUGCGUCCCGGCUGAUAUUCGUGUGAUCAAAGCGAGUUCGUUCAAGGUUGAUAACUCAGCACUGACUGGCGAAUCAGAGCCGCAGAGCCGUACUCCCGAGUACACAAACGAGAACCCCUUGGAGACGAAGAACCUGGCAUUCUUCUCGACGAACGCCGUGGAAGGCACUUGUCGAGGUGUGGUGGUGGCGACCGGAGACCGCACGGUCAUGGGUCGUGUCGCCAACCUCGCGUCGGGUCUGGAGACGGGGGCGACUCCGAUUGCUCGUGAAAUAGCACACUUCAUUCAGAUCAUAACGGGAGUGGCAGUGUCCCUCGGUGUCUCGUUUUUCAUAAUUGCCUUCAUUCUGGGCUACUACUGGCUAGAAGCGGUCAUCUUCCUGAUUGCUAUCAUCGUGGCUAACGUGCCAGAAGGUUUACUGGCUACAGUAACUCUCUGCCUUACUCUUACUGCAAAACGCAUGUCGAGAAAGAACUGUAUGGUGAAGAACUUGGAGGCAGUGGAGACGUUGGGCUCGACGUCAACGAUCUGUUCAGACAAGACAGGCACGCUGACACAGAACCGCAUGACUGUCGCCCACCUGUGGUUCGAUAACAAGAUCUAUGAAGCUGACACUUCUGACGAUCAAUCAUGCGCAACCUACAACCGGGACUCAAGCACGUGGAUGGCUCUCUCGCGUGUGGCCAUGCUGUGCAACCACGCCGAAUUCAAACCUGGCGAGGAGUCAAACCCCGUGCUACAACGUGAGUGCAGUGGUGAUGCCUCUGAGUCGGCUCUGCUGAAGUGCGUGGAAUUGUCGAUUGGUGGUGUGACGAAGUACCGUUCUGAAAACCCAAAGGUAGCGGAGAUCCCCUUCAACUCAACCAACAAGUACCAGGUUAGUGUUCACGAGACGAACGACGGCGACGACCGAUACCUAGUUGUGAUGAAGGGUGCCCCAGAACGCAUCCUAGAUCGUUGUUCGACAAUCCUGAUUGACGGGCAGGAGUUGCACAUGGACGACGAGUGGAGAGAGAACUUCAACAACGCCUACCUGGAACUGGGUGGCAUUGGUGAACGUGUGCUUGGCUUCUGCGACCUUCGUUUGCCAGCCGACAAGUUCCCUCGCGGCUUUCAGUUUGAUGUUGAGGAACAAAACUUCCCGAUCGAAGGCAUGCGAUUCGUUGGGUUGAUGUCCAUGAUUGAUCCUCCUCGUGCUGCGGUACCUGAUGCCGUAGCAAAGUGUCGCUCCGCUGGUAUUAAGGUGGUCAUGGUGACUGGUGAUCAUCCAGUUACCGCAAAGGCCAUUGCCAAGCAGGUAGGUAUAAUCUCGGAAGGGAAUCGCACUGUUGAAGACAUCGCCGCCGAACGUGGUGUUCCCGUCAGUGAGGUGAACCCUCGGGAGGCCAGUGCUUGUGUGAUCCACGGCUCAGAUUUACGUGACAUGACUCCAGCUCAGAUUGACGAGGUGCUCAAGAACCACUCGGAGAUAGUGUUUGCGCGAACAUCACCCCAACAGAAGCUAAUUAUUGUGGAAGGUUUCCAGCGAAUGGGUGCCAUUGUAGCUGUUACCGGUGACGGAGUGAACGACUCUCCAGCUCUGAAGAAAGCCGACAUUGGCGUGGCAAUGGGUAUCACGGGAAGCGACGUGAGCAAGCAGGCUGCAGAUAUGAUCCUGUUGGAUGACAAUUUCGCGUCAAUUGUGACGGGUGUGGAGGAGGGUCGCAUAAUUUUCGAUAACUUGAAGAAGUCGAUCGCCUACACUCUGACCUCCAACAUUCCGGAGAUCACGCCAUUCCUCUUCUUCGUCUUGUUUAAAAUACCCCUUCCAUUGGGUAUCAUUGCAAUCCUUUGCAUUGAUGUGGGAACUGACAUGCUUCCCGCCAUCUCCUUGGCACACGAGGAGGCAGAAAGCGACAUAAUGAAGCGUAUGCCGCGUGAUCCUUCCCAUGACAAGCUCGUGAACGAGCGUCUAAUCUCAAUGGCCUACGGUCAGAUCGGGAUGAUUCAAGCCGCCGCCGGUUUCUUCGUAUACUUUGUUGUUAUGGCCGAGAACGGUUUCUGGCCGAGGCACCUGUUAGGUCUGCGCCAAAAGUGGGAAUCGCGUAUCGUUAACGACGUUGUUGACUCCUACGGCCAGGAAUGGACCUACACACAACGCAAACGCCUCGAGUACACCUGUCACACCGCAUUCUUUGUUGCCAUUGUUAUAGUCCAGUGGACGGACUUGUUGAUUUGCAAAACCCGCAAGAACUCUAUCUUCCAACAGGGCAUGCGGAACCACCAGCUGACCUUCAGUCUCUUCUUCGAGACCACCCUGGCUAUCGUUCUGGCGUAUUGCCCUGGUGUUAGCACUCUCCUGCGAAUGAUGCCCCUUCGAUGGACUUGGUGGCUUCCAGCCCUGCCAUUUAGCGUGAUGAUCUUCGUCUUCGACGAGGUGCGCAAGAUGCUUUUGCGGAUCCUGCCUCCGGGCAAUUGGGUCGAACGGGAGACCUACUACUAG